AUGACGGACAGCAACGACCCACCAACAACAGCAACCUACACCCAGUUCGCCUGCAUCGGCGCAGGCUUCUCAGGCAUCGGCCUCGGCGCCACCCUGAAGCUCAAACACAACAUCACCGACAUCCGCAUCUUUGAACGAGAAGCUGAGCUGGGCGGCACCUGGCAUCUGAACCAAUAUCCCGGCAGAAUAACAUUUUGCUCGUCGGUCCAAAAAUGCGAAUGGCUUCCCAGCCCCAUCUCCCGAUGGCGACUGACGGUCCUCUCCCACAACGCCAUCUCCCACCACGAAUGCCAGUUUCUUUUUUCCGGAACUGGGAUUCUGUUCCAUCCGAAAACAUCCUCUUUUUUCUCCCUCCCGGGUGCCGGGUCGUUUUCUGGGACGGUGAUGCAUUCUGCUAGGUGGGACCACAGUGUUGACCUCGACAACAAAAAGGUGAUGUUGUUUGGGAACGGGUGUUCCGCUUCGCAGAUUGUACCGGCGUUGCUUGGGAGGAGCAACAACGCUGAGGUUUGCUCUUCCGGACGUGACUAUAAUGUUGAUAAGAUAACGCAGUUUGUCCACUCGAGGCAUUAUGUCAUUCCCUCCUUGGCAGAGCUUUUUCCUUUGGCGCUUCUGGAACGGCUGCCGCGCGGGCUUCAGAGAUUGUUGUGUAUCUUGAUUGGGGAGAUGGAUUUCAUCGCGAUGAGGGAGAACAAGGUUGGGAGGUGGAUCAGACGGAAAAAAACGGAGGACGUGAAAAGGUAUAUGAGGGAGACGGUGCCGGAGAGGUAUAGCGAUUUGGUGGUGCCGGAGGGGGUUGAGUUUGGAUACAAGAGACGGGUGUAUGACCCGGGGGUAUUUGAGGGCGUUGCAUGA